ACGAGGCAGAGGAGGAAGGAGGAAGGAGGAAGGGCGGAUGUGAACCAGAUCUUUAGUCAACUAGACGAGUCGCUUGAUAGAUCCAGUCCGGAUCUAUGGAGAUCCCAGUCGAAGGCUCGCCUUUGUCGAACCCGCUGGAAUGAGAGCGACUACGACACGGAUUUGGACCCGCUCAGCAGGAUGUAAACAAACCGCACGGACAGAAUGACGAGAGGAACAAAAGAGACUCGUUAUCAGCUACUAACUAGCAGCUAAACCGGCUAACCUUACCUCACUGGGACCUCACUGCGGACUUUACAAGCCUCUUUGUUUACCAACUGACCGGACUUCUGGGUGGCCAUGGCGGCGGUGGUGAGCUACUCUCCACCGUGGUGGGUCAACCUGCUGCACCGGCUUCCCCACUUCAACUUCAUGUUCGAGCAAACCAGCAGUGACUUCCAGCCGGAGGAGUGGACGUAUCAGCAGUCCAUCCUCUUACUGGGAGGUGUGGCGCUGGUCUGUCUGGCCCUGGACCUCCUGUUCCUGCUCUUCUACUCCAUUUGGCUGUGCUGCCGGCGGAGCAAAAGGGAGGAGCAGCCGUCGGCCGACUGCUGCUGCACCGCCUGGUGUGUCAUCAUCGCCACGCUGGUGUGCAGGGUGGAGUGGCAUCUUCAGGUUGGGGACGAGAUCCUGCCCCGAGUGGCGGAGUUCAAGCACCAUGGGAUUUUGUUCAAGAGAGAGGGAAGAGUGGAUCGUGAGAUCAACUGGUGGAUAGGUGUCUGA